UCAGUCAUCAUGAAGAGAUCCGCAGUAAUCUUUAUUAUUUCAGCGCUAAGCCAGCUGGCGGCAAGAUGCUCAGGGCAGUUUUUGGGAAAUGGCCCAUCAGCAACUGCAGUUGCAGGCAAUCGAGGUGCGUCUGCAAUUUCUGACCCUAGUGGAUGGCAACCAUCUGGUUAUGGUUAUGGACCACGACCUGGAUUAGGAUACAGCUCAAUGCCAAUGGAUCCAUCAUUUGGUGGAAAUUAUCCAGGACCGUACAAUAACUAUCCGAUGGGGUCACUAUUCAUGCCGGCACCAGGCUUAGGAAUUCCGCCCGCAGGUUUAGGAUUUCCACCCGCAGGUUUAGGGAUUCCGCCCGCAGGUUUAGGAAUUCCACCAGGAGGUUUAGGAAUUCCACCAGGAGGUUUAGGAAUUCCAUCAGGAGGAUUAGGAAUUCCAUCAGGAGGCUUAGGAGCACCAAUAGGUUACGGAAGUUCACCAUUCGGUGGAUUAACUCCGCAAGGAAUGGGCAUGCCCUAUCCGGCAAUGGGAGCAGGUUUAGGUUACGGUGAUUCCGGAUUAGGAAUGGGCGGUGGUUCGGCAAUGGGUUAUCCCCAACCAGGGUACACAGCUGUGCAGCCAGUGCCGCAAAUGCCGAUGAUGGUUCAGCCGCAGUCGACCCAAAUGACGGAAAAUGAUAACGCCAAUACGAAUAUUAAUAUCAACCAUGAUAUGGGAUUACACCAUCCCGGUAUACCCAAAGGAUUAUUAGGAUUGGCUAGAAUGUAAAUUAAUUAAUUUACUUAUUUUUAAUAUCUGCCUUUAUGGCCAAUAAAAAUACAAUUUAAAUUAUUGUUUUCAAUUUAAUUUCAUUAUACUCUUUAAUAGAUUCAAAGAACAAUAAACUUUAAUAAUCUUACUUGUUUAUUGUGAUGAAAUUAAAAUUGCAGAACAAUUAAUUUUUAAUCGAUUUAAUCCUUUGGCUAAAAUUUACAAAUAAGUGAUUAUUAUUUUAAUGAUUUCGUGUUAAUCUGGAUAUCAAUAAAAAAAUUCGUUAUUUAUCUAGCGGA